AUGUGGUGGGCAAGUGACCAUGCCGACCUUGCCAACAGGACGCUGUACCUCCAACGCGACGAACAGCGUCAAAACGGCGGCUACAGUCUCCUCGUCCAGACGUACCCUCCUCAUCAGCCAGUCCAGGUGCAGAGGGGCGCGAAAAGAUCAACAAUCGUCCUUGACCAUGCUCAAAGCGACUUCCUCACGUUGGCCGGUCCAAGUGGCCGAGGCGCAGAUCAGCUGCGGGUUUCGACAACCGUCAAGACCGAGGGCAUAGGCGCCGAGAUCUACUACACCGCAUGGGGGACCGUGAAGGACAGGUCCGCGCGUAGGACACUCCUACGAUACCGCGAUAAGCUUCUCGAGGGCCGACACUGGGUGGCUGUACCCGAGAAAGAUGGGAAGGGGGUGGUGACCUGGACGAUCUGGUCUCUUGAACCCAGUCCCGCGAAUUCCGGACUGCUGCCGGGGGCCGUUGAUGUCGAUGUGGAAGUUGUACCAGUCUGA